AUGGUGAAUCGUCGACGCCUUACUCAAGUGGCGAUGAGCGACGAUGAAGAUGAAACGUCGCGUCCACAACGUCCGCGAAAGAGACUAAGGCUUUUAGUGGAAGAGGAAGAUGACGAUAACGAGAAUAAAGAGCAACAAGAAAAAAAAGAAGAGGUACCAGAAUCGUCCCAACUUGUGGAGGAUGCUACGCCUAUUGGUGAGCCUAUUAGGUUUUCAGGAAAAGGAAAAGGCAGAAGAAGUCACUAUGACUCCUUCAAGUACAAUGGCAUCCAAUAUACUCUGGAGGACUCUGUUCUUUUCUUUCCUGAAGAGAAAGGCCAAAAACCAUAUGCUGCAAUUAUUAAGGGACAUAAUGGCCACGUAGUAGUGACAGGACAGUGGUUUUAUCGUCCCGAAGAAGCUGAGAAGAAAGGUGGUGGAAAUUGGAAAUUAUGUGAUUCGAGGGAGUUGUUUUAUAGUUUCCACCGUGAUGAUGUUCCUGCUGAGGCUAUUAUGCAUAAGUGUGUGGUGCAUUUUGCUCCCAUACACAAACAACUUCCAAACCGCAAGGAUCACCCUGGGUUCAUUGUACAAAAGGUUUAUGACAGUGUGGAAAAAAAACUUUGGAGGUUGGGUGAUAAGGUUUAUGAUGAUACUAAGCAGCAAGAGAUUGAUAUGCUUGUUCAGAAGACUCUACAAUGUAUUGGUGAACUACCUAACAUUGAGCUUGAGGAAGCCACUGGUGAUGUGCAUGAUCGAGUGAAAAGUAAAAAAACUUAA